CUACAGAAAACAAACACUCACUUGAAGAGGGUGGACGACAGCACUUAAGGUGAUUUUAAUCACGUUAUUUUUUCAUAAGCUUGCUCAGCAGGGUCUCCUCCAAACUCGCAGCGCGCUCGGCUCCGCAGCUUUGUGGACAGAAGAAGAUGCCUGGGCUGUUCUUCUCUCAGAUGUUCUGCUUGGCUUUGUGCUGGACUUUUCUAAUCCAGUCUCCGUUUUCUUCCGCCAAAACUGCGUACCGGCGACACGUGGCCGCUGAUAAGAGGCAACAUUUUCUGGACAGAAUGUUGAUUUUACUGGACGUUAACACGCGAAACCCGGUGCGGGUUCUGAAUGACAACUUCUUGUCUCUGCAAGUCGACCCUUCUAUCCUGAAGAACGGCUGGUUAGACUUCUUAAGUUCCACGCGGUUAGUAACUUUGGCCAGAGGACUUUCUCCAGCUUAUCUGAGGUUUGGGGGCAAAAGGACAGACUUUCUCCAGUUUCAUAACCUGAAGAAUUUAGCCAAGUUUAGAGGACCAGGACCAGACUAUUACCUCAAGAAUUAUGAGGAUGACAUAGUACGAAGUGACAUUGCCCUGGAUAAACAGAAGGGCUGUAAGCUGGCCAGUCACCCUGACAUGAUGCUGGAGCUGCAGAGGGAGAAAGCAGCUCAGAUGCAACAAGUUCUCCUGAAGGAGCAGCUCUCUAAUCUCUAUAGCGAUGUCACAAUAACAGCCAGGUCUUUAGACAAACUGUACAAUUUUGCUGACUGCGCUGGCCUGCACCUGAUUUUUGGGCUCAAUGCCCUGCACCGGAAUCCUGACAACUCAUGGAAUGCCUCCAGUGCAUUGAGUUUGUUAAAGUACAGCGCUGGCAAGAAGUAUAACAUUUCCUGGGAGCUGGGCAAUGAGCCUAACAGUUACCGUACCAUGGUAGCUCGUUCAGUCAACAGCAGCCGACUCGCUCAGGACUACAUUAUGCUGAAAACAAUGCUGCAGUCUGUUCGCUACUACAGCCGGGCGAAUCUCUACGGUCCCAACAUUGGCCGUCCUCGCAAAAAUGCAAUCCUGCUUCUGGACGGGUUUAUGAAGAACGGUGGUUCAGUUGUUGAUGCAGUUACGUGGCAACAUUUCUACAUUGACCGGCGUGUGGCUAAAGUGGAGGACUUUUUGAAAACCCGUCUUCUGGACACCCUGACAGACCAGAUCACAAAGGUGUUAAAGAUCGUGAAGAUGCAUGCCCCUGAAAAGAGGGUGUGGUUGGGAGGAGUUGGUCCUGCAUGGGCUGGAGGCAUAAACAAUUUGUCAGACACAUUUGCAGCUGGACUUUUGUGGCUAAACACUCUUGGCAUUUCUGCAAUGCAAGGAAUCGAUGUAGUACUUCGACACUCUUUUUUUGACUAUGGUUACAGCCAUCUCGUGGACCAACAAUUCAAUCCUCUACCUGAUUACUGGCUGUCUCUGCUUUUUAAGCGUUUGGUGGGCCCCAGGGUGCUGGCAGUACAAGUUGCUGGGCUCCAAAGAAAGCCACGUCCAGGAAAAGUGAUCCGAGACAAGUUACGCAUUUACGCACACUGUACAAGCUUUACCAAUCACAAUUAUGUCAGAGGCUCCAUAACAAUCUACAUCAUUAACCUGCAUCGGUCGCGGAAGAAAAUAAAGCUGGCUGGGACAUUACGAAGUAAAACAGUACACCAAUACCUGUUACAACCUUUUGGUGCUGAUGGUCUUCACUCAAAGUCUGUGCAGCUGAAUGGAGAACCUUUGGUCAUGUUAGACAGUGACACAUUCCCUGAGCUAAAGCCACGGACACUUAGAGCAGGACGAACAAUACACAUGCCCCCGGUUUCUAUCGGCUUCUACGUCAUCAAGAACAUCAAUGCCUUAGCUUGUCGCAGAUAAUACAUAUUCAGAUUUCAGUCCAGCUGAAAAGAACUGCCCUUCAUGUAAGCAAGGGUUGCACUGAAUUCCUAUUAAAAGAUUUUUCCAUCUCUUCGCUUUACAAGACUGACACUGUUUCUGAAAGAAAAAAAAAAUCAAUUGCUUUCCCCUUUAUUUCUUUGUAUCCAGCUCUCAUUUUGGUUUGUAGUGUUUCUUGUAUUUUGGGGAAUGUCAAGAAGAGAUGUCUUUAAUCAAUCCAGUGCUCUGGGUUUGAUUUUUUCUUGAUGUCUCAUUGUCACUGGAAUGCUGGUCAUCCUUGAGAAAAAUCUGAUAUUAACUAUAAAGAAAAAAGUAUAAAAAUAGAAAUUACAUUUUACACUAGUAAAUCUAGUAAUUCUAGAUGUUGAAUACUGUGGUAGAGAACAUAAAAGUUUACUGCCUGGUGCAA